UCUAUAUUUUAUUUCUCUUUCUCUGACUGUGAUACUUACUAUCUUCUACCAAAUUAUUCCAUGUCUCUCCGGCGAAACCAUUAAUUCCGGCGAUUAAUCGAUCAAGAAAGGUAAACUAAUUUUGAAAUACGCAAUAGGAUGGCCAAUGGAUCCGGAGAAUCAACAAGCAGAACACCUCGAGGUUUUUCUGUAUCAAACAACAGUGGCGACAACAACAACGAUGCUGGUAAUUUCGAGUGCAACAUUUGCCUUGAUUUAGCGCAAGACCCAAUUGUAACACUAUGUGGUCACCUCUUUUGCUGGCCAUGCCUCUACAAAUGGCUCCACAUCCAUUCCCAUUCUCAAGAAUGUCCCGUUUGUAAAGCUUUAGUCGAAGAACAAAAACUAGUACCUUUAUACGGACGAGGGAACAACUCAACCGACCCAAGAUCAAAAUCAAUCCCGGGAAUCAACAUCCCAAAUCGUCCAUCAGGACAAAGACCUGAAACAGCUCCUCCUCCCCAACCUAACAAUUUUCAACAAAAUGGAUAUGGUUUUAACGGUGGGCUAGGAGGAUUUAAUCCGAUGACAUCAGCAAGAUUCGGUAAUUUUACUCUCUCGGCUGCGUUUGGUGGUCUUUUCCCGUCGUUGUUUAACAUGCAGGUUAAUGGAUUUCCCGAUCCUUCAAUGUAUGGAACUGCUGCUGGUUUUCCUUACGGUUAUCCUAAUCAGUUUAAUGGAUAUCAAUAUCAACAACACCAUCAUCACCAUCAUCAUCGUCUUCAACAACCUCGAGGUGGACAGCAAGCAGAUAAUUACUUGAAGAUGCUGUUUAUCGCUAUUGGGGUAUUUGUGAUUCUUACUUUAAUUUGGAAUUAGGGUUUUAUAUUAUAUUUUCAUGAUCAAAUAACUGUUUUUCUAAUAUUCAUUUAGAAUUGUAGAUAGAAGAUAUAUAUAGAUUACCAAUAUUAUGGAGUUGUGAUUGUUGGUUAUCUGAUGAUGAUGGCAUUUUCUAUUUGAGAGUUUGUAUCUGUAAACUGGAGUUAGUGUAGAGAAAUUACUUGCAUAUUUCUAUGAAUUGAAUAAAUCUUUUAAUUUGGUUUCUUA